CACAUCUUUCUCGUUCGUUCUGAAAAAUGAUGUGCCGCAAUGCGCAUUUUGCUCGUCAGACAUGGCGAGUCUGUUGACAAUGUAGCUGGUCUUUAUGCAGGUUCUAGAGAUUCUCCUCUCACGAACCAUGGUGUCCUCCAAACCAAAAGAUUGGGUGCGCAUCUUGCGAAACGCCAGGAGACCAUAGGUCCAAUCAAGUACAUAUUUACUUCAAACCUCCAAAGAGCCUAUCAGACAGCCGAAGCCGUUGCCGAAGCCCUGCUUGAAACCCAAUGUCCCUCUAGUGACGAUACCUCGGAGUCUCGAACAGCUGUGGAAGUCUCCCGGCUACCCGAGUUACGAGAGAAAGACUAUGGAUCAUCUGAGGGCAAGAAAUAUGGCGUGAAGACAGGGAGAGGUCAUAAUGAUCAAAUCCAGUCUGAUUCGGAAUCACAUGAGUCGAUGAGAGUCAGAGCUCAUCGGUUCGUGGACUCCCAUCUGGUCCCAAUUACCGACACUGAUGCGUCUGGAAAUAUCACUGUCUUGAUAGUGGCACAUGGUAUUAUCCUUGGCGUCCUUUUGAAGGUAUUGCUUGAACGGUUUGCUCCGAAGCCAGCUCCCUCUGCACCCCAUAGUGGAGGCCAAGAUGGUCUAUCGGAGUCCGUGGCAUGGAGCAACACUGGCGUACUUCAGGCCAAGCUGCAAUUGGGUAAAGACUUGACAUCUUCAGGUAGCCCGAACAAGGCUGUACCUGUUGCUAGUUCAACAGUCUCUGACGAUGCCGCUCCCUCUACAAAUUCACGUGGAAAGCCAUUGCACCUGACUAUUGAGCUUACAAACGAUCUUGAGCAUCUCAGUGGUCUGAAAAAGACAAGAGGUGGCAUUGGAAGUGCCAAGUUUGAUUCGCGACAGCGGACAAUGGACUCAUUCUUCACUUCUACCUCAAAAAAGCGAAAGCUUUAAAGGGAAAAGCAUCUAUUGGGGGGUUCUUGAUCAUGGUACGUUUAUGGUUAUUUUACUCUUUUUACCCUCUAUAUGAUGAGAGCACAUAAUUCACAGACCUGUUCUGAAUUUCAUGUGGAAUCAUUUAUGUCCAACCGCUAUCUGAUACUUGUUUCUAUCCUCACUAUUUGGAAGCUUUGCGAGAGUAUCUGCUAAUGUCCGCACCUUCACGUUAGGUAACUUCAAAAUUCAUAUCUCAGUUAUAUUCUUAGAUUGGUAUUAGCAACGUUGUGUUAGAGAACGUUUUCACGAUUGGAGUAUGCCCUAGGACAUUCCGACUUGGCAUAGCCGCUGGGUUAAGGGCUCAACAAUUAGAUUCGCUUUCAACAAAGCCUCCUUGCUUCAAUAAUGA